AUGAAGGUCUCAGCACUUCUGUCCCUCAUUCCCCUGGCUGCUGCUCUCCCCGGCUCUCGCUCAGCUACUAAGGAUUCCAAUGGUGCCUUCGGUGUCACUGCUGCUCGCUCCGGCUCGCCCAUCCACUUCUUGCCUUUGACUGCUGCUGGCAGCAAGUUCUGGCUCGGUGGAAAGAGCCAGACCUACUGCCCUGAUGUCGUCCCCGACUGCGCCAAGGGUACCAACGACACCAUCAUCUUUGCCCAGAACGCCCUGGAUGUCGUUGUACCCGGUGGUCAGAGCAUCUAUGUUGACCGCAAUGGCGCCCUGAGCUUCACAACUCCUCACUCGGCCUACAUUCCCCCUGGAUCGUCUCAGGGCCCCUUCAAGUACACCCCCGGCCAGUCCCUCGGUACCUGGACCUACACUGGCCAGAGUGCCUCGGGCUUCAUGGCUUGCCCUGCUCCGGCUAACUCUACCGUUGCUGCUCGUCAUAUUCGCCGCCAGGCUCCCUCUGCUGCCAAUCGCUGGCAGGUCUUUGCCGCGCUGCAGAACGCGACUGUUCCUACUGGCAAUGUGGAUGACUGCCUUGGCUUCGAGGCUAUGGCUAUUGGUCUGAACAUUUCUUCAGAGCACCUUGCUUGGGAGUACAUCUAA